GCAGCAGAAGAAGAGGCAGCGGAGGCUGAGCAAAGCGAAGAAGAAGAAUUUAACGGUUCCCGGUUGUUGAACCGCUCCCGUCUCCACGGAGCCGGUGGUUUCCAAAUUGUUUUGGACUGUAUUGUAACCACCAAUCAAGCGGCUAGCUGGUUCAUGUAUUUCAACUAGCUAACGCACCGCUUUGUUUUUCCAACGAGUAGCUAUGUGUUGACAACUUACCUCAUUACGGAUCAUUACUGCGGCCAAAGACUCAGAGCGAUGGAGGAGGGCUCUGAGGUGGUGGAGGAUAUUGUAUUUCGAGGAGUGGAGUUUUCUGUGAAGAUAGAGGUGGACAAGGGUUUGCUGAUAGUCGAGAUCUCUGACUCUAUGACAGCAGAUCAAUGGAGAGGGGACUUUGAUCCAGCAUACAUUGAGGACCUCACCCGUAAAACCGGCAACUUCAAGCAGUUCCCUAUUUUCUGCAGCAUGUUGGAAUCAGCUGUUAGAAAGAUGAGUGAUUCUGUUACCCUUGACCUCUUGACCUAUGCUGACCUGGAGCUGCUUCGUAACAGAAAAGCCGGAGUGGUUAGUCGUCCUCGAGGCCAUCAGCAGUCAUCUGCUCUUACUGCCAAAAGAUAUCUAAUCCUCAUAUACACUGUGGAGUUUGACAGGAUACACUACCCCUUACCGCUGCCCUAUGUGGGUAAGCCUGACCCGGCUGCCCUGCAGAAGGAGGUCAGAGCUCUGAGGGCUGAACUCAACACCGUCUCCUCUCAUGGAAUCAACAGAUCUGCAGAACUAGAAAUCCAGCGGCUACGAGUAGAGCUGGCUAUGGUGAAAGAAGAGAAAGAGGCCAUGGCUAAGCGACUGCAGAUCGGUGGAAGUGGUUCCACGCCUGGACGAGAGGACUGGAGGGUCAGAGAUGUGGUGAGGACGCUGGAGGAGCAGCUCGUCAAGGAGAGGGCCAAAAGUCAACGCUCAGUGAGCAAGAGAUGCCAGGAGCAGCGGCUCCUAAUGGAGCAGUUUGAGGGGCUGAGAGCAUCAGAGUGCGCUCUCCGUGUUCGUGUCAAGAGUCUCACCAGUGAACUGGCGUUACUACGGAGAGGCAGAGUGACUCCCGUGUCCGGUCACAUCAGCUCUCGAGUCGAUGGGGAAAUCUAUCGCUCUCUGUCCCGCGAGAGGAGGUCGGUGUACGGGACAGUCAGGGCUCGCUCAGGAUCCAGAGAAAGGAUGGAAGACAGAGGGCAAAGGUCAGAAGAAAGGGGAAGAAGAGCGGACUCCUCAGGACCGCGUGCUCGGAUACCCAGACGCUCCCCUUCACCCACUGGGUCACAGGUUCAACGCUUUGACCCAACCGCCUACAUCCUGGACAGACAGCGCAGACUGAAAGAGGCAGAUCUCAAAAAACAGAGGAAGGUACGGAGGGAGAUGUUGAUCUCACCCAACGUCCCUGAGAGGGGGCGUUCACGCUCCAGGGAGGCUUAUUCUCAGAUGGCCCGGUCCGGCAGCAGGGCCAGAAGUUUAUCAGUGGAGCGGAGAGGGAGCAGGAACUCCUCUGAAAGCUCGUUAGUGGAUAUGGAUGAAAUGGCCAAAACUCUGUUCAGAGGAAGGAAACAGACCUACAACGGACCCAGUGCGUCUAGAGGAGGCCUUUUGACUAGAAAUCCAUUAUGCAGUACUCCAACUCACAGAAUGAAAGACAAAGAGAGCUCCUUAGAUACAGGAGUUGAGCUGUCGGACAUUGAUGCCAGGCUGCUGGCCCUUCAGGAGUACAUGAGGGAUCUGGAUACAGGACACUAACCGCCACUGCAUGUGACCUGACAACUGCACAGCUUGGAGCUCAGGCCAUCUUUUCUUAAUGUACCGUGGACAAGCUUCAAACAUGAGCAAUGUGUUUACCAGUGUUCAUGUGAAGGACUAAAACUCCUUCUGGAGGGUCAGAUUUCCAGGACUUCAGGAAAACUACAACCAUCACUGUGAAGGAAUACCUUUUGUGGACUGAGGUUUUGUUUUUUUUAAUGUUGCAAGUUUUUAUUAAUUAACUUAAAAUAUGUCUGAGUGUAUUGUUUCUUUUUUUUUUACACCUCUCCUAAACUAGUUACAUGGACGUAAAAUGGCAGUCCUUAAAUAAUUUAUUUUCAUCCUGUACUUGCUUGUUGAUGUUUCCUUUCCUUUUUGUUUUGGUUGGUUACUGAGAGCACAACACUUUCUGAGUGCAUCGUCUCUUCCUUUCUAAACACGUUUAAGUCAAGCAGCUAUUCUAAACAAAAAUGUGAAGUGCUAAUGUGAUCAACAUGUUAACCAUAGUGUCAAACCUGCAAUGAGCUGCUGGUGGUUAAAUGUUAUUCCAGCUUAAUUCUGCAUUUUCAAUCCAUGUUGUUGUAAAUUCUUUCCUGCUUGACUUUGAACUCACCAUUACCAGUGCUGCGACCUUUAAUUAGUUGAUCCACAUAGUGCAUUAAAAUGUUACUUUUUCUACUGUGUUUGAACCAAAGUGGACCUAAUUACCCAAAAGCAAGCAUACAAGAUGUUAAUCUUUGAUCACAUUUGUGUAAGGGAACAAUAAUAAUCAAAGAUAAAGUGUAUGAACACAGGCUCCUUUUUUAUUAUAGUGAAACUGCCAAAUUUCGUAUGAACUGUUGUACGUGUGCAAAGACUGUUACUCUCUUUCCCUCAGUCUAAUGCCUUUUUAUACCACUUCAAAAUAUAAUUUAUAUGAAAUGUAUCAUUUGUUUUUGUUUUUAUAUGCACCACUUAGGUUUUGGGUGGUGUCAGGUGAAGUGGAGCCUGAGGGAAACCUUGAAGGGUUUUCUCCACUGCAGCUGGCUUGCUUUCAUUAAUUAACUAAUAAACUUGCGGGCAUGGAGCCUUCCUCUCAAGGGAACAACUCUGUGGCUGAACAGCUGCUCUGUUUCUACAAGGAUAAUCAAGAGGGAGCCUUAUGUCAUGGACAGUGAAUGCAGCACACGCUGACUGACACUAGUAAACUGCACACAUUCACAACAUUUAAGCUACAUGUGCGUUUCAAAUUCAUCGUCCUACACAAUUCCAUCGGGACUCGCAGCUAAAACAUACUUCUUUGUAAAGGUUUAUAAAACUGAACAGAUAUAUUCUCACUAUUAGCACUUAGAUCUCUUGUACCAGAUUAAAAAUACUGUCAUGGCUUGAAUCUUGUUACUUGGACACACGACGCGACAAUU